AUGUCGAAUCCUGCUGCUCCUGUAAGCCAAAUGGAUGACACUCAAAACGCCAAACCUUGUUCAUCUUUUGAUUCUGGCAAGGGUAAACCUCGUCGUCUGCGAAAAUCUCUUUCUUCAGCCUCCUCUUCCUCCAUUUCUUCUUCCCUUUCUUCUUUAUCAGAUUCCCUUAAUUCCGCGCCAAAAGGAAGACGCCAUCAGAGCUAUAAAAAGUCAUCUUUCUAUAAUCACAAGCCUUCUAAAGGUGUUUCUAAUCAGGCCAAUAUUCGACCCUCUAUAUCCCAAAGUAGCUCAUCCUCUUCAUCGCUUUCUAGCCAUUCUUCCAGUUCUCAACCUCAUCAGGGCGUUAAGAUCGAAUCUUCAAAAACCAGAUCAUCUACUCCCAGUACUAUUGCUUGCACCCACAGUCCCGCUCUAGAACUAGAGAGUGACGAUAAAGAAGAUCGUCGGAAACCGAAAAGAAAGAAGUCAGACCUUGAUCAGCGAGCGGAAAAGCGACAAAAAGCUUCUCCUACAGACUCCCAGACUUUGUCAGAAUCUUCGUCAUGGUCUUCUUCAGAAAACUUUCAUCCAAUCUGCCCUCGUUCUGCCAAAAAGAAAAUGCUCAGACAUUACUCGAAAUCUAAACUUUCUUUACGCAAUCGGAACUUAUCUGGCCAGGAUGCAACCAAUAUUGACAACUUUAGCGGCGAUUCUAUCUCAUUAGCUCCCUCCUCACCCUGUUCCACUGUAUCUGGCGUAAGUGCUGGGGCCUGUUCCGUAGACGAAGGUGACAUUGAGAAGCGACGCCGUUGCGAAGAGCUCGCCUCAGCUGCAGUCGCUCUAACUCAGUUCACAAACCGUCUUUCUGAGAUUUUACAGCGUGUAGAAGAUCUUGAUCUACUUUUGCUGGCUUCUGAAGCAAAUGGCGUCGGCGUCAGCAUUUCUUGUCCAUCCUCUUCACACGUGGCUCCAUCUUCGCCUAGUAGUGAUGCCAGUCGCCUCUCAAACCCUGAGAAAGUGAAGCAGGAACGUGGAAGAAAGGAAUCGAAGCAUAGACAGGUUGAUAAUGCAAAAAAUAAACAACGUUAUCAGCGAAGCACGGAUGACUAUGGCAGCCAUGGUGCUAGCAGCAGCCUAGAUUCAUCUGACUUUAGUCAUUCUAAGAGCCGCGAAGACAUAUAUAAUGAGACAAGGGUCCACAAGGCCGAUUACCUUGCGCCUAGUGACUAUCUACCCUCCUCGGCUAGGCUGAGCGUCUGCGAGGCCGCUACUCUUUGUUCUGAGUCGGCGCAGAUCCGCGUUGCCGGCUCUAUGUCUACCGUACCGACAGGCCGGCUGGUGCGUUUUUUGACCCUUCUUUUGAUCAAUAUGCGCGACGCAGCCAUGCUUGCCCCUCAGCCGCCAAGUCAGGUUUGUCCCGUCCAAUCCUAUCGUUUGAACACUUUUAUUCAACGAUCAUUAAUAAUAAAAUCAUGUAUCCUGAAUGCUUAG